CAAACGUUGUUUUCUUUGCUGGUCCCCGGUAGUUUGGGCUGUUCUGCUAUCGAAUACUCUGUUAUGGACCGAAAUCACUGCUCGUCCCAAUGUGGAAUCCGAAAAGGCUGCCCGCCGACUGCUAGAGAGACUGGAGCCGGAAAUUUUACGGCACAACAACGAGGCCACCGAAGCAUCCUGGGCGUACCAAUCGAAUCUCACCCCGGAGAAUCUUGAAGUUGAUAAUGAGCUGCAGGCUCGGAAUGCCAAAUACUUCAAGGAAAUUGCUCGUGAGCUGAUGAAAUUUGAUUACAAAAGCUUCGAGGAUCAGGAUUUGAAGCGUAGAAUAAGCAAACUCACCAGUUUGGGCUAUGCAGCACUGCCGGAGGAAAAAUUCUCGCAGCUGCUGAACGCGGUUUCGAGCAUGUCGGCAAACUACGCCAUGAUUAAGGUGUGCGAUUACAAGAACCGUUCCAAGUGUGAUCUUUCGUUGGAACCGGAACUAACGGAAAUAUUCGCUACGAGUCGUGAUCCGGAAGAGCUGAAGUACUACUGGACUCAGUGGUAUGAUGCGGCAGGAGCACCCACUCGGAAGGAUUUCGACACCUAUGUGGCGUUGAACCGGGAAGCUGCUCAAAUUAACAACUUCAGUUCGGGAGCUGAAGCAUGGUUAGACGCUUAUGAGGAUGAUACGUUUGAGGAUCAGGUCGAUGCGGCAAUCCUAGAGCUAAUGCCACUGUAUGAACAAAUUCAUGCCUAUGUCAGAUAUAGGCUGCGAGAAAAAUAUGGCUCUGAUGUAGUAUCGGAGAAGGGUCCCAUUCCGAUGCACCUUUUGGGUAACAUGUGGGCUCAAACUUGGGAUUACGUUGCUGAUUUCACAACACCGUUUCCGGAUAGUCAGCUUUUGGAUGUCACCGAAGAAAUGGUGAAGCAAAACUACAAUCCCAUUAAAAUGUUCCAAAUGGGUGACGAAUUUUUCGUGUCAUUAAAUAUGACCAAAUUACCGGAGAGCUUCUGGGAGAAAAGUAUUCUGGAGAAACCCGAUGACGGUCGUGAUCUUGUAUGUCAUGCAAGUGCAUGGGAGUUCUAUAACAAAGAUGAUGUGCGAAUUAAACAGUGCACCCAGGUGAACAUGAAACAAUUUGCCACAGUUCAUCACGAGCUCGGUCACAUUCAGUAUUACCUGCAAUAUCAACACCAACCCAGUAUGUACCAUGAAGGUGCCAAUCCUGGAUUCCAUGAAGCAGUCGGAGAUGUUAUCUCGCUUUCGGUAUCAACUCCGAAACAUUUGGAACGUGUAGGACUGCUUAGCAACUUUGAGCUCGACGAAAACGCAAAGAUCAAUCAGUUCUACCGAUCCGGGUUGACCAAACUAGUGUUUCUUCCAUUUGCUUACACCAUCGACAAAUACCGUUGGGGAAUAUUCCGGGGAGAUAUCAAACCAGAGGAAGCCAACUGCAAGUUCUGGGAACUACGAUCGAAGUUCUCUGGAAUCGAGCCACCUGUGGAUCGUUCAGAAAAAGACUUCGAUGCACCAGCCAAGUAUCACGUAUCAGCUGACGUCGAGUACCUUCGUUAUCUGGUGUCGUACAUUGUUCAGUUCCAGUUCCAUAGAUCGGCUUGUGAGUUGGCUGGUGAAUACGUGAAAGGUGACCCGGAGAAGACGUUAAACAAUUGUGAUAUCUAUCAAAGUGCCGAAGCCGGUAAUGUUAUCAAAGCAAUGCUGGCGAUGGGAUCUUCCAAACCAUGGCCAGAUGCAAUGGAGGUUCUGACCGGGCAGAGGAAAAUGAGCGCUGAUGCACUGUUUGAGUAUUUUCAACCUCUCUAUGAUUGGAUGCUGGAAGAGAACAAGCGACUAGGAGCUUUUGUUGGUUGGGAGGAAUCAACAAAAUGCAAAACAGCGUGAAAAGCUUCGGUUAUGCUAUUUAAAUACGGGAAAUUACCUUAAGCAUAGUUCAUCUUUAAUCUGGACGCAUCAAAACGAAUCUAUCUUGGAGUUAUGUUGACG